GCUCAAGUUCCUCACCCUCAUCUCCAGCCCUCUAAUCGGACAACCUUCCCCAACUCGUUCCCAUGGCGUCUGCUUCAUCCCUGCACAUUUCAAUAACGAUUCCACUCUCUUCAUCCUCAAAUCGCCUUUCCUUGAGCAGCAUUUCCUCAAUUGGAUUUUCUGAGAAAAAAAAGUGCAGAAGCAUCCAAAAUAAUCCGAGUUUUGUUCAUAGAAUCAAUUGUUCAUCAAAAGAUCCAUCAGCUGAAGCUGAAACAGAGCUCACACCAAAAGCAUCUGAAUCACUAAAGAUUGGGUCACCAAUCAUCAUAGUGGAAGCUCCUAAAAUGUUGAAGACAGCAGCUUCUAUGCCUUGUCUCAGAGUUAAUUCAGGUUUAGUUAAAGCGGGUGAUGUUGGAAGAAUUAUGGCAAGGAAGCCUAAGGAUGUAUGGGCAGUUCGUUUGGCCAUUGGGAUGAGCAUAGGCGGGUACCCGUCUCAUUUGGCGAGAACCAGAACCGGCGGUUCCUAAAAAGAUAGAAGCGGAACCGGAACCGCUCUAGGCAGUUCUUAAAUGUUUGGAACCAGUCCCGAAACCGGCGGUUCUAGUUCUGGGAGCGGGUAACCCGAUCGCAUUAAUUUUGUUAACUUUUUUCGACAAAAGCGCAAUUUAAUUCGAUCCAAAUCAAAUCAAUUUGGACCAAAGACGGACAAAAUCGGACCAAUAUAUUCUAAAUCGGUCUAAGUAACACACACACACACACACACACA